AUACAAUUCCAAUUGAUACCAAUAUCUCUCUCUAGAAAAGCUUUCAAGUUUGAUUCUUUGCUAUGGCGACUGAAGAACCCAUUGUGGCGGUUGAGGCUCCUUCUGUUGUUGAAGAGAAUUCCCCGGCGGUGAAGGUUCAGCCAGAGGUGAAGGCUGUAAAAGCAACUAAGCCGAAGAAGACGAGAAACCCAUCUUCUCAUCCUACUUAUAUCGAUAUGAUUACCGAGGCGAUUGUGACCCUGAAGGAGAGGAAUGGAUCGAGUCAGUACGCAAUCGCGAAGCAUAUCGAGGAGAAGCAGAAACAGCUUCCUUCUAAUUUUAAGAAGAUGUUGUUGGUUCAACUUAAGAAACUUGUUGCCUCUGGAAAAUUGGUGAAGGUGAAGAGUUCCUUCAAGCUUCCAUCUGCUCGUACAAAGGAGUCCAAACCUGCUGCUAAGAAGUCUGUGAAGCCCAAGGCAAAACCCGUUGAGAAGAAGAAAGCUCCAGUCAAGACUAAGGCUGCCAAAUCAGCCCCUAAGGCCAAACCAAAGGUGGCUGCUGCUAAAUCUGAAGUUUUGGCCAAACCAAAACCGGCUUCUAAGGCGAAACCUGCAGCUAAACCCAAAGCUUCUAAGGCUAAACCUGCUGCCAAGCCCAAAGCUGCUGCUACUGCCAAGCCGAAGGCAGCGACUGUGAAGGUUGCCAGGACAUCAACAAGAACAUCUCCAGGGAAAAGAACUGCUGCUGCUGCUCUGAAGCCAGCUCCAAAGAAAUCACCGGCUAAGAAGGUUGCUAUUGCCAAGACUGUUAAGCCAAAGAUAGUAAAGUCACCGGUGAAGAAAACUGUUACAAGAAGGGGAAAGAAAUGAGAAGAAGCUGCUGUGUCCUGUGUCUGUUUGUUUUCUUUAAGGGGGGUCCUGUAAAUUUGUUGAUCUUUCGGUGGUUUCUCUUGCCGUUAGAGAUAUAUUAUAACUAAAGCUAGUAUAAGUUUAUUGUCA